UAUGAUGAUAAAGAGUGAAUAAAUAAUGAUUUAGCAUUUUAUGAUAGCCUUUAUAUUCAACAGAACAAUCAUCUACAGAAAAAUAAGUAGAAUAAUUGCAAGUUCUAUAUUUUCAUAAUCAGUUAUUACAGAGAAAGAUUAGUUUUUCAAGAGUUAGAGAAUAGGAUUAUUAAAAAAUGAAGAUGAUAUUAGCAUUUUAAUACUAGGAAAAAUUAGAGAAGAAUAAUAGAGUAUAGCUUACUAGAAUAAAAAAUUUUAAUAGAAAUUCUAAGGUAUUUUCUGA